GCGGUGCUGAUGACGUCGGCGGAGGGAAAUCCAAAAUAAAGAUCAACGAAGGAAGCUUAAAGUUAAAUUAAGCCAGACAGCGAUAGUAAAGUGGACAGCAACUGGUACAAAAAUGCAGAGGGCUUCCCGUUUGAAGCGUGAACUUCAGAUGCUGAGCACCGAGCCGCCUCCCGGGAUAACAUGCUGGCAAACCGAGGAACGGAUAGACGACCUCCGGGCACAGAUUGUGGGUGGAACAGGAACUCCUUAUGAGGGAGGACUCUUUUCCUUGGAGGUCAAAAUUCCUGAGAGGUACCCAUUUGAACCUCCUAAAAUACGAUUUUUGACCUCAAUCUACCAUCCAAACAUUGAUAAUUCAGGACGUAUCUGCCACGAUGCACUCAAACUCCCACCAAAGGGUGCCUGGAGGCCAUCUUUAAACAUCUCCACAGUUCUCACUUCCAUUCAGCUGCUGAUGGCUGAGCCCAAUCCAGACGACCCACUUAUGGCUGAUAUAUCAUCAGAGUUCAAAUACAACAAACACCUGUUCAUGGAGAAGGCCAGGAAGUGGACACAGGAACAUGCUGUUCAGAAGAACACUGGAGUUGUGGAGGACAACAAAGAAAAUGAUCAAGAUCAGAAAGCAUCGUCCCGAAAACGAGAGGCGCUCAAUGCACAGAAGGAGGCAGAAGAGCCAGCAAAGAGAACCUGUGUGUAGUUUCCACCUCACUUGUUAGAGCUGCAGGUAUCGCUCCACACGAACCACCAUGCCUUAUAUACUUCACAACUUUUAGAGACUGAUUUUAUUUUUUUUUUAUGUAGUGCUAAUACCAUCUUCCAUUUAUGAUGUAUAUGAAUGGAUAGGUGGAUUUUAAAAUCUACAUAUUUAUGUGUAUACGUAUGUUUAUGUUGUGAUAUUAAAGUUUAAGUUUAAUAAUGUA